AUUAGGAAAGUAUUGAAAUAAUAAAUACCGUCCCGUGGUAAGCCAGCACAUAGUAUCCGCAUUCACUUUUCGGUUAUUCGCAUAUCAAACACUAAGUUAUAGCUUAUGUAACAAAACUUGAGUUUAAAAUAAACAGAAUCUACUUUUUUCAAACAUUUUAAAAAGAUUUUUAAGCUUUGGAUAAGUUUCAGGAAAAUGGGCUUCGUGGUGGACAAGGUUUCCGAAGAUUCAUUCUACGAAAAUUUACUCCUCGGUCUUUCUAAAGUGCUUGAAAAGUCUCCAUUUGUCUCUAACUUAGCUUUAAAAAGAUAUCCGGGUGUUCGUCAAAUGGAUAUAAGAACUUGGGAACACAAUAAUAGUAUCGCCUUACCUGAAGACUUAAAGUGUUUUUUCUCGUCUUCAAAUGGUUUUUCUUACACAUACGAUUUUUCUUAUGAAGCUGAAAAUCAAGAAAAGAGCACCAGACAAGGAAAAUUAGAAGUAAAUCAAUUAAACGACGUUGCCAGAAUAUACGGGUAUGAAACAAAAAAUACAGCUCAAAUAGAAAAAGUUGCAAAUAAAUAUAAACUGAUUUUAUCUAGAGAUAGUAAAGUUUUUGAACUGUGUACUGUAGACGAAAACGCAAAAGUUGUUUUAGUAUACAUCAACACCUACUCAAAUCCUACAAUUUGGUUAUAUACAACUCCGAUGAUAUUCAAUCACAUAGCAGACGAUUUUACAAUAUAUUUUCGAAGAUGCAUAGCCCAUCUAGGUAUCCCAUGUUGGCAGUACAUCGUAUCUAACAAAGGAUUACCAGAAUGGACGAAAGAAAUUUUCCUUCUACUAGCACCUGGUGUACUACAAGAAGAUAAAAAUUUAGUGGAAACUCCCAGAGUUGUUAUAGAAGAAACAAACAUUAUAGAUCCUGCCGUUUUCCUCAGUUCUACUAACAGCAAUCACGGACUUAUCAUGCAAGCUAUGCAACAGGCAAAAUCUACCAAAGAAAAGAAAAGUAAAACUGUGCCAAAAAAGCAAGUUAACAGUAAACUGGUCAGAAAACACGAAAAAUAAUAAAAACUUUAGAAAAAAAAAA